UAGAAUCCGGAUACUUCGCCUCACUAUGUUACAGCCGGAGAUUAACUCCAGUUGAGGAUGAUGGUGUCUUGGCCACCAGACUGUCGGGUCAAACAAAGAGGGAUAAAACGCCUGGAUUCCCCCAAUGGUUUGCAUUCGAGGGUUCGCUCAGACCUAACUCUACAACCGCCGGCGUACAAUUUGCGCAAGCAUGAGAAUUCGACAGCCGUGCCGCCCACUCGGGCAUGCGCCGCAAUGUGAAGCCCCUUCUGUCAUUAUCCGACAUCCCCAUUAUCCUGACCAUGAGAGCACUCUCCUCCGUUUCCCCCGCCUCGAUAUGGUCACGAAGCAUGACCAAGCCGAUUCGGAUUUUGAAUACGGCAUUCAUCACGGCACAGCGCUUUCGGCGUGCCAAAUCGUCGCGGGAAAUGCUGUAGGCGCCUAUCUGAGUCGCGACCGCUGCGGGAGGCAACGUGUGGAAAUGAGCCAUGACGGUAUACUGACUCUGAGGUACUAUUAUCUACAUGUUCGCCAAGGAGUGGAUGGUGUCUCGCCGUUUGCCAUCGUCAGUGGCUUCGAGGACUGGCAGUUUCCGUCUGGCAGCCUCCCAGAGACAUGGUUGUGUGUCAACGACGUGCCAACAGAGGCGUCAUUGCCGGCUAAUGGCUGCAUUGUAUCGGGCAACAUGAAGGGAGAGCCAGCUCUCUUAGUCCCCGAAGCUCUGUCUUCUUGGUUCUGCCGAAAUCGGAUGAGCGAUUAUCUUGCCAACAGUGGCGGAGACUUCGGCCCUAGCAAUUCGGCGAAUACCUGCCACCUCCGUGCAGACCUCCUGGGUGACUUCGAUCGACGCGCCUUCGCUUUCCUGCCGAAGAACACGUCCCAUGGCUAUCGCUUGGUUGCGCACUAUCUAUCCGCAGCCGACGACCUAUUCGUUCCCGCGCACGUCUUCCACAACCGAAUGAUUCAUCCGCCCGGGAGAGCGACGCUCGAGUUUCUAUACGCACGAUUUGCCUACGCUGUUUUUGGGCUAGUUCAGAGCUCCACGCAAACGGCGCGACGGGUGGCUAUCGUCGAGUCUGGGCUUGAUGAGUUUGGGCUCUGUACCUGGGUCACUAAUGUAUACUCAAUGACUCCGACGAAGAUCGCGGCUCGGCGUACAGAGCUUGCGAAUCAGUCGCUUAAGAAGAGAAGUCUCGAGGAAUCUAGAGUGGAUGAAGACCGUUAUGGCCCGAGGCUGCGACAGCAAUCGCCCACUGCUCACGAGCGUUUGCCUCAACCGUCUUCCCGACCGGAACACGUGCUUUCAACGUGGCACUUGCCGCCCAAUCCCCGGAGGCCCGGACCGCUAACCUUUGCCGAUCUUCCCGCCGAGGUCCGCCUGAUGAUCUGGGAAGCAACUUGGCCAGAGCCUCGUGUAAUUGAGAUCCGGGCUCAUUCGCCAUUUAACCCAAAGACUGGAUACAUUGAAGACUAUAUGAGAUUUCAACUCUAUGAUACCAUCUCUAACUGGCUCGGAGAGGAUGAUGAAGCGGAUGAUGAAGCGGGUGAUGGAGCGGAUGAUGGAGCGGAUGAAGAAGCAGAUGAAGAAGCAGAUGUUGAACUGGAUCACGAUUCAGAUCACGAUUCGGAUGAUGGAUCGGAUCCCGAAUUGGAAAUCGAAGGCCGGACGCCAGACAACCCGAGAGAUGUAUUUGGGCAGUUGUCCGGCCAGAACCGGCACCCUGUUGCUCUCUCCGUAUGCACGGAGUCUCGGAUACACACGCUCAAGAGCUUUUACCAACUUAGACACCAUGAGCGUACUGAAUGGUCGUUCUACUUUAGCCCAACGCGGGAUGUCCUCUGGGUUCCUGACUCCCUGUGGUGGAAAUUUGAUGACGAGGAUGCAAUAACAUUGUCGCGCUCGUACGGCAACCAACUAACCCAGGUCAAGCAGCUAGUUUUAAGCAUGGAGAAAUGGCGUGACAUUGGGGAGCUCAAUGUCCUGCUUGUUUUGCGUGGCAUCGAGACCAUCCACAUACGCCUCAGCGAUGACGCUACGUCCACAGAGAUUUCUACUUUGUUAGAAGAAAUCGAGCUUGACUUUGGAAAUGACGACAAAUACUGUUCUCGUUUUCAGCUAGUCGAUGGGACAUAUGAGGUCCGUGGCCAAAUUCAGGUAGGGAGACAUCGCAAGUAGCUAGAUCUCCCAGUCAUUUUGACGAGCGAACAUUGCUUGAUGCUUAUCAUACUGCACUGUUGGCGUUCGUGCUCUCCUUUGUGCUACGAGAAAGACCACGUUGCUGCAACGCUCGCCGUAUUAGGAAUAGAGCAGCGAGGCCACCGGCGAGCGGGCCGCCCACCGGAAGCUGGGGCAGCGAAUAGGAACUAUAGCCGGCAGGCUUCUGGGCCCACAACGCUGCCAAAAUUC